GGUAAAUGGUUGAUUUGAAUUACGAUAUUGCUGUGCCGCAUAACCAUUUACCACUCACCACAGCAAAACGACUCACUCGGUGUAUUUGUGCGGCAGAUGAAAGUGCUAUUAGCGGUUAAGUAGUUUUGUUUACGUAUUUAUUUAUUCAGAAAAUUUCAGCCAUCGAGUAUGGUGAAGACUUCAACAGUGGAAGAUGAUCAGGUAGCACAUAAUAAGAAAGAAACAAAUUAUCCACAAAACAAUAAUGAGGAAAAACUAAUCAAGGUCCAGUACAUCAAUCAUGGGGAGGAAGAUCAAAUGGAAAUCCAAGGUUUUGUCGAAAGCAAAAUGAAGACCAAUAUCAUCUGGUUGCUUUAUUUGUUGACUGCUGGUGUUCUCCGACUUUUCUUCCAUUGGUACCCUCAUCUACAUCUGAAAGCUACACAUACACGAACAAAUCUAAAAAAAGCCGAAAAAAUUUUAAUAAUUGAUUCUUAUCGGAAAUAUAAGUCCUACUUCGUGAAACAUAUCAAAAUCUUGGAGGUAAAGCGAAAUGGAAAUUCUGAUAAUAAACAACCGAGACAAUUGAAGCAAGAGCAUAUUCUGGAAUUCAACUUGUGUGAUGGAAGACAAAAACAACUUUGUCAAGCACGUAUUAUAAGGUGCAAGAAACUUUUAUACAUAUGGGAUGACGAGAAAGAAACAUUCUUUAAACUUGCCGGGUUCGAUAAGGGGCUCCAAAGAACGGAGCUGUUCUCAUUGAAGGGACAAAGUAAAGAAAAACAAGAUAUAAAGAGAAUAAUUUAUGGAGAGAAUGAAAUUUCAGUACCAGUGCAAACCAUAACCAAGCUGAUUCUUCUAGAGGCUCUGACCCCAUUUUACAUCUUCCAACUCUUCAGUUUGACAGUCUGGAUGGUAGAGUUGUACUUUCACUACACCGUUGCCAUAAUAAUAAUGUCUGUAGUCGGCAUAUCUACGUCUGUCUUACAAACAAGAAAGAAUCAAAAAAAUUUGAAAGGUACCGUGAACUUCGUGGAUACAGCUACUGUUUGCAGAGGUGACAACUUGUACGAAACCAUCCCUACAACAGAACUGGUACCAGGUGACUUGAUUGCGAUACCAUAUACGGGGUGUGACAUGCAUUGUGACGCCGUGCUGUUAUCUGGAGCUUGCGUAGUAAACGAAAGUAUGCUUACAGGCGAGUCUGUGCCUAUCACGAAAACUCCAUUGCCCAACAAUUUCAUACCCUACAAUUUGAAAGAAGAUGUUAACCACACUUUAUUUUCUGGAACAAAAGUAAUACAGACGAGAAGCAAAGACGAUGAAAAGGUAUUAGCUGUGGUGAUAAGAACAGGUUAUCUCACUGCGAAAGGGGAGCUAGUUAGAAGUAUCUUAUAUCCACCUCCUGCUGAUUUCAAGUUCGAGUCUGACAGCUACAAAUUCAUCGGAAUCUUAGCUAUCAUAGCUCUAGUGUCAGUCAUUUACACGAUAGUCUCUAAGUUAAAGAGAAACAUACUAGCUGUCGACAUUCUAAUCAAAUCGUUGGACGUCAUCACGAUAGCUGUGCCACCUGCUCUUCCAGCAGCAAUGACAGUUGGCAAACUGUAUGCACUCAAUAGGUUGAAAAACCAGAAAAUUUUUUGUAUAAACUCGAGAGUCAUCAAUGUCUCAGGUUCCAUCGACUGCAUCUGCUUUGAUAAGACUGGAACACUUACAGAAGACGAACUUGACAUGUGGGGAAUAGUUCCUGUGAAUAAUGAGAUCGAAGAUGUUCUGAAAGAUACGAAAAAACUACCCCUCACAUCUCCUUUAUUGCGAGGCAUGGCCACCUGUCAUUCUUUGACAACCAUCAAUGGUGAAUUGGGAGGAGAUCCAUUGGACCUGAAGAUGUUCGAAUCUACAGGGUGGGACCUUAUCGACUCGGUCGGAUCGAGCAAGGAACACAUCAUUGUAAAACCAAAAGAGUCUCAGGAGUCCCUGGAAAUCGGUAUUGUGAAACAAUUCCAAUUUUCCUCGAAUCUGCAAAGAAUGAGCGUUAUUUCGCAUUCUUCAGACUCCAACGCAUUCACAGCCUUUUGCAAAGGCGCUCCCGAAACCAUUAUGACUUUUUCCAGGCAAACUUCAGUGCCUAGGAAACUCUUGGAUAGGCUCAAAGACUAUACUCAACAAGGAUACAGGGUAAUUGGCCUGGCCAAGAAGGAUCUUCAAUGCCUCAGUACGGAGGAAGCAAAAAAUUUGCAUAGGGAAGAAGUGGAGUGCGAUUUGGAUUUCGUAGGCCUCAUAAUACUGGAGAAUAAGUUGAAACCUGAGUCAACUGAGAUCAUAAGAACAUUGAAAAGCGCCAAUUUGAAGGUAGUCAUGAUUACUGGUGACAACAUUCAAACAGGGGUACAUAUAGCGAAAGAAUGUGGAAUAGUCGAACCUAAUGAAGAGAUCAUCGAAAUCGUGGCAGAAGAAAUUUCGUAUUCUGGUAAAGCCAGUAUAAAAUAUAAUGUUACCAAUCCAGCUACAAUACAAGAAAACUGCAAUGCCAAUUCUUUGGACAUUGAGAAAACUGGACAACGUCAUUACUGUUUUACCGUUAGUGGAAAAUCCUGGGCGAACGUAAUGAAAUAUCAUCCCGAACUGGUUCCGAAGUUUGUGGCAAAAGGCUUAGUUUUCGCUAGAAUGUCAGGGUCGCAAAAGCAACAGUUGGUUGAGGAAUUCAAGAAUUUGGGCUACUAUGUAGCUAUGUGUGGCGAUGGAGCAAACGACUGUGGUGCCCUAAAGGCUGCUCACGUGGGCAUAUCCCUCUCGGAGGCAGAAUCCAGCGUCGCCUCACCAUUCACCUCCAAGGAGCAAAACAUAUCUUGUGUUCCCAAAGUCAUCAAGGAGGGCCGAGCGGCUCUAGAAACAUCUUUCGGCGUGUUCAAAGUCAUGUUGUGCUCCAGCCUCACUGAACUGACUUCGGUGCUAAUUCUCUACAACAUAGACGCUAAUUUGGGCUCCCUUCAGUUCCUGUUCAUCGAUAUUUGCUUGAUACUGAAUUUUGCCUCGGUUUUUGGGAAUGCUAAAGCGAAUGAGACUCUGCAUAAAUCACCCCCAAAGACUAGCCUCAUGGGGUUCAUACCUAUCUCCUCCAUGGUUUGUUUCAUGGUUUUAGCUAUCAUGUUCCAACUGGUGGGGUACUACUGGAUUCAAACUUUUGAUUGGUUCGUUCCGUUCAAGUACAACCAGAGUGAUGACAUGAACUUUCUUUGUUAUGAAAACUAUGCGGUUUAUGCAACAUCAAUCUUUCAGUACAUCAUCAUGUGUGUGGUUUUCUCCAAAGGAAAACCAUACAGAAAACCGUUGUACACGAAUAUUUAUUUUACACUGUCCUUGAUCAUUAUGACAGCUAUUUCUGCGUACAUGGUUGUCAUACCCAUGGAGUGGCUUAGGGUACUGAUUGAACUGAAGCUUCCACCCCUAGAAGGUCGAUACACCAUGAUUUUUAUCGCUUUUGUCAAUUUUGUGGUUUGCAUCAUCAUCGAGGAUUUGGUUGUCGAGCUGUUUUUGGGCAAAAUGAUUUCGCCUAAAUUCAGAAACAUCCAAAAAAUCGAGCAGAAGUUUUUGUCAGUGUUGAAGGAUUUGAAUGAAGAGGAUCGUAAUUGGACGAUGAUUGAAGAUGUCAUUCUAAAUUCCCAUUUUGAAAAUGAAAAUAAAGGUGUGAUUAAUAAUGGGUUCGUUGGUUCACAAAAUAAUAUUGUUUCCAAGUGUUGAUUUUUAGAUGUAUUGCAUACUGUAAAUAGUGUAAAUAGUAAAUACCUUCACUGCAGUAUUAUAAUUUAUGAAAGUAGAUACUGAUAUUCAAUAAAAUAUUCGACAGAUAUCGC